UAUAGAAACACACAGAAGGAGAAAGACCCCCUAUAGAUUAAUGUGAUCCUACAGAAACACACAGAAGGGGCGAGGUCCCCUAUAAACCCUCCUGCACCCUAUAGAAAGAUGCAGAAAGGGCCAGGGGCCUCCAUGCGCUAUAGAAGGAGAGAGAGAGGCAAGGAAGUUCUUCCCGCAGCCACAGGCAGCCUGUGGAACUCCCUGCCUGAGGAGGCUGUGAAGGCCGGGACGAGAACAGGGUUUAAAAGGGAACUGGACACAUGCAUGGAGAUCGCGGUGGAACAUGGCUUCGGCGGCGCCCACGGCCGGGAGAAGGCCGAGUGGAUGGUGGACGCGGUGGAGCAGUAUUUCCACAGCAACGCGGCCCUGGAGCCGGAUGAGGUGGAGGAUUUCCUCGCUGAGGUGCUGAACAACGAAUUCGACACCAUCAUUGAGGAUGGCAGCUUGGCUGAGGUGAGCCAGCAGCUCCAGUCGCUCUUCGCUCGCUGCCAGCGUGGCGAGGGGCCGGCCCUGACGGAGGCCAUCGCCCGGCUCACACAGCGGCAGCAGGAGGUGGGCAGGGCAGCCACCCAGGCCCGACCCGCCGAGGGGAGCAGCAGCGAGGAGGAGGAGGAGGAGGAAGAGGAGAGGCCGGAGGAGGUGAUGGACUGCAGCAGCCCCGGGCCCCCCCCGGACCCUCCCCCGGCAGAGGACGGCUGGACAGUCGUACGGAAGAAAAAGAAAUGAGGGGGGACCCCCCCCCCCAUGGCACGAGGGGGCUUCGUGGCAGGGGAAUAAACCCGGUGUAGCCACAAUGUGUUGCUAUGGCAACAGUUGGGGGGGAAUCUCCGGAGCGGAGGAGAGUGUUAGUCUGGUGGGGGGGAGAAGCCAGCAGCCCCCAGAGGGGAUGUGCCCCAUUCCCUGCCCCCCCGACCCAGCCAGUCCCUGCCCUAGGGCCGGAUGGGAAGGGACACCCCCCCAUUCCCUGCCCCCCUGAGCCAGCCAGUCCCCGCCCUAGGGCUGGAUGGGAGGGGACACCCCCCCAUUCCCUGCCCCGAGCCAGCCAGUCUCCGCCCUAGGGCUGGAUGGGAGGGGACACCCCCCAUUCCCUGCCCCGAGCCAGCCAGUCCCCGGCCUAGGGCCGG